AUGGAGACUCCUCAAGACAGCUGCCAAGGUUUCCAAAAGCCUCUGAGUCUGGGAGCUGAGGAGGACCAGGAACAACGGCGUGGUAGGAAGACAGUGGUCUCCGAGGCUGGAGAGGAAGGAGACCAGAAACGGCUUGUACUGGGCGGGCUUGCUCAGGGUGGGCUUGAUCAGGGCGAACUCGCCCAGGGUGAGGUUGCUGAAGGCAAGCGUGCUCAAGAAGAGCCUGCUCAGUUCAGUGUCACCCAGGAAGCCACGGGAGUAGGAGAGGAGGGAGAAAAGAAGGAAGAAGAAAUGGAGGGAAGGCAUGCUGGUGAUGGUGCUUCUGGCUCCGCGGAUGACAACAUCCAGCAAGAAGGUGGCCAAGGCAGCAAUGAUCAACAACAACCUCAGCAAGAGGCAGGGAUUCCUGAGGGGAACAGGUAUCAGCAAGCUGAGAACAGUCCAGCUCACAACCCGAACCGCCGCACCAAGUUCACCCACUCUCAGCUGCGUGAUCUGGAGCGCCUUUUCCAAGAGACUCGCUUUCCCAGCUUGCGUGUAAGGAGGGAUGUUGCACGAUGGAUGGGUGUCGAAGAAGCUGAUGUGCAGGAUUGGUUUAAGAUGAGGAGGUCCCUUUUCCGGAGAAGCAGCAGACUGCUGAUGUUCUGUGAAUUGCCACCAAUACCCGAGAACAAUGAUCCCUGA